GUAACCGGGCAUUUCAUGCUUUGUUGCCCUGCGAUGAUGCUUCAAUUGAAAAACAUGCGGGACGAGCUACUCGUGCUUGUUGCGGGGGCGGAGGGCAAGGACAUCGCGGCGACCUGGCGCAAAUCUCUGUCAAUCAAAUCGUCCAAAGACUUGUCCAAGGUGGCGCCUAAUCCGGACGCCGAGAGCCAAUCCGCAACCGUAACCGCGUUGUCUCCGAAGGACAUCGAAACUCGGGCGGAUGAAUUCAUCGUGAAGCACGCCGUGAUGUCUGACCAGAUGAAUCGGUUCUCGGCUUCCUGGUCGGGUUUCGUCCUCAUCGUGGAGUUCUUAAUCAUCUUGGUUCUGAUUCCGAUGUGGUACGCCAUCGGCAGUGGAAAAGUUCUCCGUUCCGACUUUGACCAGAUGGAAGGCACUACUAAAGACCUGAAAGGUGUGCUGAUCUUCUACGCUUGGUUGUGGGCGACCAUGAUUUCCACCAUCUGGCCCACGAUUGCCGGCCUGAUGGGCUUCGUGACGAGCUUUGCCGAUAAGCUGCCUAAUGCAGUCUCCAGACUGGCCGCACACCGCAGCGCUAAGCUCGCUGAACUUCGGGAGGUGUUGUUGGCCGCCGACGUCGGUUUCAAGCUCAUGGGCGUUCGCAUCACCCCGGUUUUCCUCCUGACCAUGUUCUAUUCCUCGCUCACCGGCGUGGCGGGCAUCUGGCUGUACCUCAACAACGACUAAAGCGAGUCAAAGAUCU